AUGGCUUUUCGACGGAACACGAGGGCUCGCAACUACGAGGAUCCGAACCCUAGGGGUGAGGAGGCAGCGGAUCCAAAUGUUCCCCUGGCAGUUCCUGAAGGGGUAGCACCCCCGGUUCCGCAGGCAGCACCUCAGGGAGUUCCCCAGGUGAAUCCCCAGGUGGCGUUACUAGCUGAGGUAUUGCAAGUAUUGCUGAAUAAUGCGAAUGGAGCUGGUGGGGCUCAGGCGCAGCAGCCACGCCGGGCACAGAUUCAACAAGAGGAGGUCCAGGAGUUGGAAGCCCUUUAUGUGUAUUUGGGGUGCUCCGAUGAAUUCAAGGUCCGGGGAGCAGUGUUUAUGCUUCGGGGAAAAGCAGUAAACUGGUGGGAGUCGGUGGCGGCAGCGGAGGAUCACGCCAACGCACCCGUCACAUGGGCGAGGUUUAAGGACCUACUCUAUGAGUAUUAUUUCCCCGUGACUGUCAGGAACGAAAAACGGGCAGAGUUUCUCCGUCUCACUCAAGGGAGCCUAACUGUGGCCCAAUACGAGAGGAAGUUCACUGAGCUGUCCCGUUUUAGAAUGCAAUAUAUUCCUACUGAACAAUUAAAGAUUGACAAGUUCGUUGACGGUUUGCGUAGGGAGAUCAAGGGGCUACUUGUUCUCAAGGAACCAACUACUUAUGCAGCAGCAGUCAGGUGCACGUUGGUUAUGGACAAAUGUCUCGAGGAACCUCACUCUCAACAGGUGACGGGCUCCAGCUCGGGGGUCAAGAGAAAAUUUGCAUCGUUCUCCUCCAAUCAAUCCUCGAGGGGACACCAGCAGCUUGUGCAAAGGCAGACUGCUUCUCCGGUGUGCCCCACUUGUAAGAGGAGCCAUGCUGGGCUUGAGAUUAAUGAUAAGCAUCCUGUACAUUUUAGAUCGGUAGUCCUAGUCAUCAUUUGA